CUAGAGUCCAAUGGCGCCGAGCUUUACACCUCUGCAUCCGACGCUUUGCAUUUCACUUGGUGAUGUAAGGCUGGGAUGCAGCUGCUCGGCCAUGGAAACCCAUUCCAUGAAGCUCUCUACACACUUUUGUUCUAAUCUGAAGGCCACACGAAGUUGGGAGAUCUUUAGCUAUUGACUCUGCAGACAGUUGGCGACUUCUGCACGCUUCAACAUGCACUGACCGUGCUCUGUCUUUUUACAUGGCGAACCACUUUGUGGUUGAGUUGCUGUUGUUCCCAGUUGCUUCCAUUUUGUUAUAAUACCUCUAACAGCUGAUCGUGGAAUAUUGAGUAGCAAAGAAAUUUCAUGGAUGGACUUAUUGCACAUUCUCUCACAAAUGUUUGUAAAAGCAGCCUGCAU